UCUGGCAAGGAAAGAGUAAAAGAGAAGCCAGUCAGCUCUCUGCUUUGGUCAGGUGGCAUACUGCUGGCUGGCAAAGUAUUGACAGCAAAGCAAGAAAUUAUUGAAUGUGUAGCAUCAGCAGCUGUGAUAUCCCCAGGAAGAUUCCCUGGGAAAACCCCUUCAGGACAGAUAAUUGAAGAAGCUUUGGGAGGUCUGGACAACUUUAAGAAGCCAAAAGGAAAUGAUGCAAGGAACAAAAUGAAUCAGCUCUCUUCCCAGGAAAGACUUAGUCUGGCAACAUUCAACAAGAAAAUCUCCACAGAAGAGAAUGUCCUUGAAUGUGAUGAAAGUGAAGGAAGUCUCAGUCUGAACUCAGAUGUUAUAACACAACAGAGAUUUCACACUGGGGGAAAGCUCUAUGAGUGCUUUGACUGUUGGAAAACUUUUUGCCAGAGCUCAAAGAUGAUUAGACAUUAGAGAAUUCAUACUGGAGAGAGAACUUAUGUAUGUAAAGAAUGUGGCAAAGCCUUUAGUUUGAGCUUACACCUUGUUAGACAUCAGAUAAUUCAUAAGAAAAAACCCUAUGAAUGUUGUGAAUGUGGAAAAGCUUUUAGGGGCAGCUCAGAGCUCAUCAGGCAUCAGAGAAUUCACACUGGAGAGAAACCUUAUGAAUGUAGUGAAUGUGGGAAAGCUUUCAGCUGAAGCUCAGACCUUAUUCAGCAAAAGAAAAUUCACGCUGGAGACAAAGGCUAUGAAUGUAUUGAAUGUGGUAAGGCUUUUGGACAUCAAAAGCCUUAUUGAACAUCAAAUAGCCUUAUUGAACAUCAAAGAAUUCAUGGACAGAAACCUUAUGAAUGUAAUGAAUAUGGAAAAUCCUUCAAUCGGAGCUCAGCCCUCAGCACAGAGAAUCCAUGUAGUGAAUGUAGGAAAACAUUUAGGCAUAGGUCAGGCCUUAUGCAGCAUCAGAGAACUCACACCAAAGUUUAACUGUGGGUACGAGCUGUACAAUUGUUAAAUAUAGUGGUACCUCGGUUUUUGAAUGUCUCCAUUGAUGAACGUUUCGGUUUAUGAACUCCGUAAACCUGAAAGUACAUGCUUCGGUUUUUGAACACACCUCAGAAGCCAAACAUGCCACACAGCUUCUGCUGAGUACAAGACGCUAAGGUCUAGUUGUCAGAACUUGAACAGUCUUCCGGAACGGAUUACAUUAGAAAACCAAGGUACCAGUGUACAAGGAAUUCACUUUGGGAUGAGAUUCUACAGAAGAUAGAAGUUUCCCGAGAGCACAGUUCCUGUCCUUCCAGCCUAGUUCAAUACUUUAAGAGUAGCUCCACACAAAAAUGUUUAAGUGUUGAAUGGGCACCUUCACAGUAAGUCCAGGAUUGGGGCAGAGAACCUGAAAGAGCUCCGUAUAAGAUGGACUAAGAGGUGAUGCCUCCAAUGGCAAGUAUCCCUGCCUAACAAGAGCAUUGGUACAUUUGGUAGUUGGGGUCAUGUGCUGAGUUAUUUGGUUAUCUGAAAUGUUGAGUUAUACCCUGGAUUUUAGUAGUAUCUGGGGAAUUAUAGCUCAUUCUGCCCCCCUUGCCAGUUCUGUCCUCAGCCCUGAGCUUCCUGCUGAGGUCAAUUGAGGUCUACUUAUUUAUUGAGCACUUGCUAUGUGUCAGCCAUAGGGGAAGACAUGGCCAUUGCCCUCCCAGAGUUAAGGGCUAAUGGGAUAUAUCUUUGGUAGGAUAAAUCCAGGAUUCUGUUGAAAUACAUGGCAGGAGUUCCUAACCUGGUCUAUGAGUCACUAAAGGCUUCUUGGAUGUGAUGAAAUCUGAGUUGAGAUGUAAAAUGUGGGUAGAAGUUAGCCAGAUCAAGGCAAGAAGGAAGAGAGUAUUACAGGCAGAGGUUAUAGCAUGUAUAAUGGCAUGGAGAGAAUCUGAAGAUGUCCCUUCAUCAGGACUCUUCUCUCUGGCAGGAAUUGGUAUUAUACACCCUGGUUCAGAAGCCAGGACAUGUGUUGGUUUCUCCCUUCCUAUUCAUGAUCACUGAGUUGGUAGCCUAUCCCAGACCCAGAGUGAACUAAGAGAUCUUGAAGUACUCAGAAGAAUUAGUGUGACAGAAGACUGGUGUGUUGUAUGGAAAAAGGCAUGUAUGUGCACUAAGGAAAGAACACACUGGAGGGUAGAGGGACAGUUGGGACUGGACUGUGUCCUAUGACACUGGAACCCAGGAAAUGGGAAGCUGAUAGGAACACAGGAAUGAGGUAUGCAUUCCCAUGCCCCACUAUUCAUUCCUUGUUCCCUCCCCUCAUCACCAAGCUUCUGGGUGCUAAGCUACUUGAGGCCAAUGAAUAUUUAAUUACCCCCUCAGAUUCCUCAAAACUCAACUCUGCUAGUUUAAUUAAUUGUUGAAGGCAAUUGAUACCUAAGAGAAAGUUUGAUUCCUUUUCUAAGAUGUUCCGAUUUCUCUUCCAGGUACUGUCACUUCAGAAGACUUAGUGAUCAAAGCUGUUGUAAGAGGGUUGGUGAACUUGGUAGGGAGUCUUGUGUCCAAAGGUUGUGGGAUUAUCAUUGAGUGAGAUAAAUCAGAAGUCCAAAGACUUCAAAUGGAUAGAGUUGCUUUUUCUUACAGAUGACAAUCGUAUGAUUUCAUGUUUUUAAUAUCACUUAAUAGUUUUUUCCUGAUUGUGAAUUAAUUGUAAGUGUUGAUAAUACAGAAAAUGAGAAAGUAUAAAUCACCUACAAUCCCACUACCCACAGGAACAUUGUUAAUAUUUUGAAGUACUUUCUAUUAGUUUUUUUUUAUCCCAACUCUAAUAUUCUUUGGUAAAAAUCUUGUUUGGUAAAUCAUUUUUAGUAACCAAUUUUAACAUUUACACUUCUUUUUAGUAUUAGAAUGUAAUGCAAGGUGUAUUGCUGUAAAAUCUGAGUUUUAAGUUUUGCUUUGAAAUUAUUCAUUCAGGAGCAGGGAGCACAAUAAGUGGAGAUGUGCUAGGAGAAUGGGGAAAGGAGUUGUGGGAAGAAGUCAGGGGAUUGGUAUUAUGCUUUUAUUCCCUGGGCCAAAAAGUGUCUGGAAACUGGCAGCUAGUCCCUGGGGCAGCAGUUCACCAGGUGAAGUCACAAAAUUGAGGGAACACCUGGGCCUGCACUGUGGUUGAAAGACCAUGGGAAUGAGAACAACUAGCCUUUUGAAACACACACACAUUUGUGCCCACCAGAAUCAGGACACUUCUCCACGUUUGAGAAUAAGAGCGUGGGCAACUGCCAUGCCUUCCUCUCCUCUCUCAGCGGUUCUCAGUAGAAACACUUGUGCAGAAAAAAAUCCCAUGACCCUUUAGAUCUGUGAUCAUGUGUCAGACGACAAGACAGCUGCCAAAGACAAAGUUUGAGUAGCAGUAUCUGGUGCUGGCCCAUCAAAAAGCAAGAGGUGGGUGGGUAUAAAUGGGGUCUGCCCACAGGGCUCACCUUUCCUCCUGAUUUUGCAGAAAUGUUUUCCAGGACAGUCCUUCUGCAUGGAAAAUUAUUAUACCUGACAACCCCCCUUGGUCUGAGGAUUCACUUUAUGGGGCAAGAGAAGCAAAGGAAUUCACAGGGGAGCUUGGAGAGACCAAGGUCAGAUUUGCUUAAAUUUCCAGUCAGCUGGACAGUAUUAAUUGAAGGGAGAUGGAAGAUGAGAAGGGAGAAGAGGUAGGAAACUAAUAUUAAGUAUUUUGUCUAAACUGCACAUUAUCUUUUAAAAUCUGUGAAUCUGUUGUGCAAGAUCUAUUUAAGGUCAACAUUGCUCCCCCCCUGGACUGCCUCUAUACCAAGAGAAACAAGGCCCUAAACAAAAGGGAAAGGCAUGAAUUACUUUUACUCCAGCAAAGCUUAUGAAGGAAAAAAUAAUUACCUUUGACAUCUAGCUUAUAUCGGUGCCCUCUGUUUCAUAAACACGUAGCAAUUUGAAACUUUAAGAGAUCACCUACUUCAGUUCCAUUAAACUGAGGGUCUAGAAUUGUCAGGUGACUUGCUUACAGCUGCAGAAUUAAUGGAAAAAAACUAGCAAGAACAAAGGUCUCCACUUCAAGGCUAUUCCUUUUCUCAACUAUAAAUCUCCUUUAUGCCCUGGCUGCUGUGACUUGGUUGGGUGUCAUCCUGUGUACCAGAGGUUGCUGGCUGAUUCCGGUCAGGGC